AUGUCUUGUCAGAUCUGCAACGAGGCCCCGUUCAAAUACAAAUGCCCCCGCUGUGGACUCAAAUACUGCUCGCUUAAAUGUUACAAAUCCGAAAAACACCAGGAUCCAGAGACAACAACAGCGCCCCAGCUGAAGCCUCUAAAGCAUCUGCCCAAGGUGGAUGAUCCGGAGCUCCAGAAGCUGUUGGACUCGCCAGAGUUUGUGCAGUACUUGAAAGAGCCCGUGAUACAGCUCAACAUACGAAUAAUCAACGAGAUUCUCAACGACGUGUCGAUAACACAGGAGUACAAUACAGAGGGACGGACAGAAAUAGCUACACGCAAAAUCAGCAAUCUACGCAAUAAAGGGCUCGAACAGAACGCCGCAUUCGACGAGUUCUGCAACCUGGUGUUGAAUUUGCUUGAUAAUGAGAAUGACAACCCUGUGUUAUAA